CUCGUCCCACAUUCCUGUGUUCUCAUUUCGGGCUCUGACAUUCUCUCUGCUCAUAACAGUCGAUCAGGAUCCAGAGAAGUUCGACUCGCUCAAAUUCCUGGACUCAGAACCGCGCUGACACUAGCGUCAUGCAGCAUCUAUGAUUCGCAGUCUGUUUGACAUAGAGUACACGAAAAUACCGAUCUGAGAAUUGGGUUCAGAAUCUGAUUCAGACUGCACGUGACACUUGUACAGAGAUCCGAUUUGCCCAUCGUGUACAGUAUCACCCUCGGGUGCGUGUGCCUGUCGAUUCUAGCGUCAGUAAGCAUGAAGUGUGCUAAAUUGAUGCUCACAGCGGCGGUCCUGACGCUGCUGGGAACUUCUUGCUUAGCAGUCAUAGUCCCGUUGUCCUCGUCUUUUCGAGUCGGCUUCUACAAUCAGACCUGUCCGGCAGCGGAGUCAAUUGUCCGUAGCACUCUCAUCAGCCGAUUCCAGUCCGAUAUCAGACUGCCUGCCCGCCUCAUUCGUCUCCUCUUUCACGAAUGCUUUGUGACGGGUUGUGAUGGAUCGUUGCUGGUAACCUCAACUGCUUCCAAUCAGGCAGAAAAGGAUGCAGCUCCGAAUCUCAACGUGGCUGGUUAUGACGCGGUGGAUGCUGCAAAAUCUGCUCUGGAGAAUGCGUGUCCAGGAGUAGUUUCGUGCGCUGACAUCGAAGUCCUUCUGGCUCGUGAAGCAGUUUCGCUGUUGGGAGGACCGAAUAUAACUGUGCCGACAGGGAGAUUAGACGCCCGGAGCUCCUCAGCGUCACUAGCGGCGAGCACAUUACCGGGCCUCGGUACUUCAGUUCCAGGGAUGAUUGCAGCUUUUGCAGCAAAGGGAUUCACCACCCAGGACAUGGUUGCCCUGCUCGGUGCUCACACAGUGGGAGCAGCGUUUUGUAAUUCUUUUAGCUACAGACUUUACAAUUUCAAAGGGACAAACCAGUCCGAUCCUUCAAUGAAUUCCAUACUUCUUGGAAAACUAAGGACAGUGUGCCCACGGAGCCCAGUGAACCCUGAUCCAACCGUGGCACUUGACCAGGGAAAUAACAGCAUCAACGCCUUUGACUCCAGCUUCUUUCGAGAGCUCCUGAAUGGAAACGGAAUUUUAGAGAUCGAUCAAGCUAUUGCUGUACAUAAUCAAACUGCUGCAAUAGUUGCCGCAUACGCUGCAAACAGUACGUCUGGAAACAGCACCGCCGGAAACAUUACAGUUGUGCCAAGUCUGAACUUCGGUUCAAAUUUUGCACAAGUCUUUGUAAAAUUAAGUAUGCUCGACGUUCUGACUGGAGGCAACUCUUCCGCCACAAUUAGAAAAAACUGUGCCAUUAUCUCAUGAUCAAAGGAGACAACAACUCUUGUAUAUACAUUAGUGAAACCCCUGGACUCCUUAUGGAGCUCCAUUUUAGUCCACUUUUAAAAUGAUUCUCAUUGAACUACAUUCAGGCAUAGACAUUGAGACAUAGUUAGUUACCUUUGUAGGCCAUCAAAAGUGGCCACAGUGUGGAAUAUUACGUUUGGAAGUAUGCAACAGAAUUGGAUAAGGGUAGCUGCAAUUAUUUGCGAUAAAGU